GGUUGGAAAAAUAAAGCGAAGAGAGCGCAGAUAUUUGGCGACCAAACAGAACCCAAGCAAAGCGAAGCGGAGCUCCAUUGCUCUCUCUCUCUCUCGCUCAAAGCUUCGACAUGGCGGCAAAAUCACACAGUCAACUCUAGGGUUUCGCUCUCCACGCUCAGUUAAUCGCUCACAUCACACUAACUUCAUGUGAUCAAUGCCUGGAGGUGGUUACUGCAUUCAAUCAAAGUAGCUGGUGUAAAUAUGUUUCCGAUGACAUUUGAUCUUUCCACGAAAGCAAUAUUGGACAUUGAGCUUGUUAAUCAAUUUGAUUUGGAUAGUUUUGAAGCGGAGAAGAUUUCAAUAUGUUAAGAGAUAAUGAGAUAAACUACUUGCUAUUUCAAGGAUGAGAAAGGAUUUGUCACCUUUUGUACCGAGUUUCACUUAUAUGUAUCAAGAAAAGCAUUGAAGAGAAUCAAUGCAACCCACAUUGUUGCUUUGAUAAGACUUUGGAGUGGAAGCUUUGAAUGUUUUGAAAACCUGAUGAGGUGUAUUGAAUCCUAGGUGUUGCAAAGAUGUUGUACAAAUUCCAUCAGAAAUAUACUUUUUUCAUGGUGUUGGAGAAUAUACAUAGGCUUUGGAAGAUUUUUCAGAAGAGCAAGAUUCGUGUAUUUAUCUGUUUGAAGAUUAAAAGCAACUUUAUUUUUUUAUUUUGCUGUCGAACUAAAACCUGACAUCAAAUUUGAGGCCUUGGAAGUUUAGUAGGUAACACGUUAAUCCAUUAGUAGAACGCACUGCAUUAUUCAAAGACAAGCAUUACUGGUUUGGCUAAUGAGAUGAGUGAAGGUGGCAGAAAGCGCUCUUCCAAGUGGGAUUUGAUAGAUGAGCCUGAAUUUGCACCUGGUAGUAAGCAAAUGCGCUCUGGGAGGUCCUCUGCAGAUGUUGCCGGCAGCAAUAGCUCGAAAUGGUCUUAUUCAGAAGGAAAUGAUGAAUUAAAACCUGGUAAGGGACGUUCAUCUAAAGAUUCUUUUUCUGGAGGCAGAGAUUCAAAUAAAGAUAAUAUUAUGAAUAAAGACUAUAGAGUUUCGGAUGCAACAAUGGACUUGGAUACUGAUAGAAGUUACAGCAAGAACAUGUCUCCUUUGUUGGAGGAAAGGAAACAAAAGAGACGCAGUCAAUCACCCAAAAUUGGUUGGGGCAGUUCGCUCAGAGAUUCAAAUAAAGAUGAUAUUAUGAAUAAAGACUAUGGAGUUUGGGAUGCAACAAUGGACUUGGAUACUGAUAGAAGUUACAGCAAGAACAUGUCUCCUUUGUUUGAGGAAAGGAGACAAAAUAGACGCAGCCAAUCUCCCAAAAGUGGUUGGGGCCGGUCAGUCAGGAGAAGUCGGAGCAGGAGCCCUCCUCAUGGUUUUAGGCGGGAUUCAGGAAUCAAUGACAGAAUUAGAACUAGGGUUGGAGGAUCUUCACAACCAUGCAGAGAUUUUGCUUCUGGCACAUGUAGAAGAGGUAGCCUUUGCAAUUUUCUCCAUCAUGAUAAUCAAAAUCCUGAAAACAGUUGGGAAAGUAAGCACAGAGAAGAUGGAGCUCCUAGAUAUUCUGAUACCCACGAGAGUAGGGACCAUUCUUUUAGGAGUGGUAGAGCUAAUGAAGCUUGUAUUAAUUUUGCGAAAGGCAGGUGUAGACAGGGAUCAUCAUGCAAGUUUGUGCAUCAUAACAAUUCUGAUGGGUACGGUAAAGUUUCUGGGGAUGAAUUAACUAGAGAAAAGGAAAUUGAUAGAAGGCGCAGAGAUAGUUCUUUUGAGCAGGGUGGCAGGCAUGGGUACGGUAAAGUUUCUGUGGAUGAAUUAACUAGAGAAAAGGAAAUUGAUAAAAGGCGCGGAGAUAGUUCUUUUGAGCAGGGUGGCAGGCAUGGGCCAAACCGCAGUAGUGAUAUUCCUUGCAAAUUUUUUGCUAAUGGAAAUUGUCGUAAUGGUAAAUACUGUAGGUUUUCUCAUGAUAGGCAAGCAUGUAGGAGCCCUGAUAGAAGAUCAAGGGAUGAUAGAUGGGCAAGCAAUCCAAGUGGAGAUCAUCAGAUGUUUGAUAGACCAAAAAUGAGUGAUACCGCUAGUCCUAAUAGAAGGCUAAGAGAUGAUAGGUGGGGCUCAGAUGGAAAUACGGCUGAUGCAGAUAAAGUUAGGGACAGUCUAAAGCGUAAUGACGCAGUUGCUACCUCUGACAGAGCAAAGCUGAUUGAACACAAAACUGGAAAUGUAGGUGUCACAGAUCCAAAAUUUACUGAUUGGCCCACGGGGGAUGCAUGGGGUCAUAGUUUAGAUAAGAGCAGAGUGCUUGGGGAACCACCAUUUUUAGAUGAUAAGAAGGAAGCUGACCAUUGGGUUGCAGAAAAUACUGGUGCCAACAUGCAUAGUUCCCAGUCAAUAGGCGCAGACAUUUGGUCAGAUGAAGGAAAAAUGUCGCCAGAUUGGAAUUAUAGGUUGGGACCUUCCAGCCAUAUUGAAGAGUAUGGACAGAAUAGGCAUGGGAUAACACAGGGCGGUACUUAUUUAGCCACCUCUGAACAUGACAGAGUACAAGUUGCUCCAGGACACGGCCUUUACCAGAAUGCACAGAGUGUUGAUGGCCUAUCACAAGUUAUUUCGAGAAGUCCUCCUACUCAGGAUAAGCAUGGGAUAAUGCAGGGCGGUGCGUGUGUAGCCACCUCUGAACACGACAGAGUACAAGUUACUCCAGGACAAGGCUUUAAUCAGAAUGUACACAGUGUUAAUUCUCUGCAUUCUUCAAGCGGCCAUGCGGUUGGACAAAGUCAAGUGACUGUUCCCAUUCUUCCUUCAAGAGGAGUUGAUGGUACGCACAACCGAGAAGUCUCCACCGAGAUCAUGGAUGCAAGCUUAUCACAAGUUAUUUCAAGAAAUCCCCCUACCCAGAAUAAGCAUGGGAUAACGCAGGGCGGUGCGUAUUUAGCCACUUCUGAAUAUGACAGAGUAGAAGUUGCUCCAGGACAAGGCUUUAAUCAGAAUGCACAGAGUGUUAAUCCUCUACAUUCUUCAAGCGGCCAUGCAGAUGGACAAAGUCAAGUGGCAGUUCCCAUUCUUCCUUCAAUAGGAGUUGUUGGUGGAACGCACAACCAAGAAAUUUCUACUGAGAAAAACUGCACUGUUGAAUCCAGUACCAUGAAUGCAAGCUUAUCACAAGUUAUUUCAAGAAAUCCUCCUACUCUGAAUAAGAAUGGGAUAACGCAGGGUGGUACAUAUUUUGCCACCUCUGAACAUGAUAGAGUACAAGUUGCUCCAGGACAAGGCUUUAAUCAGAAUUCUUUGCAUUCUUCAAGUGGCUAUACAAUUGGACAAAGUCAAGUGGCAGUUCCCAUUCUUCCUUCAAGAGGAGGAAUUUUAGAUGGUACACACAAUCAUGAAGUCUCUACUGAGAAAAAGUACCUUGCUGAACCCAGUAUCAUGGAUGGAGGCUUAUCACAAGUUAUUUCAACUCCUACUCAGAAUAUGGUUAGCAAAGAACAAAUUGCCCAGCUUACCAAUCUCUCAGCCUCUCUGGCUCAUAUUCUUGGAACUGGUCAGCAGUUGCCCCAGCUUUAUGCUGCUUUGAAUUCUCAUGAUCUAAAGGACACUCCAUCCCUAGCAAAAACUGAAGUUCCUUCCAUGCCUGUUUCCAAUACAUCCAUCAAUCCAGAUCCUGCUGUUGGACUUCCCCAGUUGUAUGAUCCAACUAGUGAUAGUAUUGAGCCAAAUGCUGAUGCAAAGAAGGUUUCUGCAGCCAUUCCUGCAACAAAAAGAAUUGCAGAACCUGCAGCAGAAAUUCCAUCACAGUUGCCUGACUCCGGAAGACAAAGUCGCGGUGAUUCUAUUAAGCCUGCUUCCUCAGAACUUGUCAAGAGUGAUAAGAUAAUCCAGUUGCAGCCUGGUAAAAACUUUGAUGUUAAUAAAGAUAAGAGCGGAGUUUUAGCUGCUGAGCGAAGACGAAAUUCUCGAGAUGCUCAUAAGAAUACCAAAGAGGAUGGUCCUUUGGACAACAUGGACCAACCUGGUGGACCUGAUGAGGCCAAGAAAACAAAGGAUGUGAAGGAGCUUCGUGCCUUUAAAUUUUCAUUGGCCGACUUGGUCAAGGAGCUUCUGAAGCCAGCAUGGAAAGAAGGUCAAGUCAAUAAAGAAGAUUUUAAAACAAUUGUGAAGAAAGUUGUUGAAAAAGUAUCUGGUACUAUGCAGGGGUCCCAAAUUCCUCAGACAAAAGAGAAAAUUGAUCAAUAUUUGUCAGUUUCAAGAACAAAGCUUACCAAACUUGUACAGGCAUAUGUGGAAAAGGUUCAGAAGGCUUAGUACCAUCAUAGAAAUUUGGCAGCCAAGCCUAUCAUGCAACAUGCUUCCUUGUAGAAUUCUCUUACCCUUUGUUUGCGUACUUUAGUUCCUUAUAUCAUUGCAGCUCUUGGGGUGAUCGGAUCUUGGACCUUUUUUUAUUGGCCUUUGAUCUUUUUGUUUUUUUGUGUUGGAUGUUUUUACCAUUAGAUAUUAGUUUGCAACUUCAGUUUUAGGCUGUUAUUAUAUGUUGGAUAUUUUUAAACCGGAUUAUUGUACUUAUAAGAGAUACCUGUUUACUUUCCGUAACUGAGAAAUGGAUCCAUAAGAUGCUAGAAGCCUAAAGUUUAAUCUUGAUUGUUUGAAACUCGACUGAAGAGGUGUCAACUUUCCAUAA